AUGACUGUCGCGGAAGGGAGGAGAGUGGCACUGUUUGAGAGAAGUGGCAACAGUUCAUAUGACACACAGGAAGGAAGGAGAGUGGCACUGUUUGAGAGAAGUGGCAACAGUUCCUAUGACACACAGGAAGGGAGGAGAGUGGCACUGUUUGAGAGAAGUGGCAACAGUUCCUAUGACACACAGGAAGGGAGGAGAGUGGCACUGUUUGAGAGAAGUGGCAACAGUUCCUAUGACAUACAGGAAGGGAGGAGAGUGGCACUGUUUGAGAGAAGUGGAAACAGUUCCUAUGACACACAGGAAGGGAGGAGAGUGGCACUGUUUGAGAGAAGUGGCAACAGUUCCUAUGACACACAGGAAGGGAGGAGAGUGGCACUGUUUGAGAGAUGUGGCAACAGUUCCUAUGACACACAGGAAGGGAGGAGAGUGGCACUGUUUGAGAGAGGUGGCAACAGUUCCUAUGACACACAGGAAGGGAGGAGAGUGGCACUGUUUGAGAGAAGUGGCAACAGUUCCUAUGACACACAGGAAGGGAGGAGAGUGGCACUGUUUGAGAGAAGUGGCAACAGUUCCUAUGGCACACAGGAAGGGAGGAGAGUGGCACUGUUUGAGAGAAGUGGCAACAGUUCCUAUGACACAGGAAGGGAGGAGAGUGGCACUGUUUGA